UUCUUCUUUCUCUCUUUGUCACACGAUGUGAAAAGAACUGUGAUUUAUUUUGGGAUUUCUGUCAUCCUAGGUAUUUUGGAAAUAUUUGCUGUGUCUCAGGGGAUUGUAGGAAUACGAGGAGUUUUCAGCAACAAAUUUUUAGCGAUGUCAAAAAAAGGAAAACUCCAUGCAAGUGCCCGGUUCACGGCAGACUGCCAGUUUCGGGAGCGCUUCCAGGAGAACAGCUACAACACCUACGCCUCGGCCAUCCACCGCAGCCCACGCUCGGGCCGCCAGUGGUAUGUGGCGCUCAACAAGCGGGGCAAAGCCAAGCGGGGCUGCAGCCCCCGCGCCCGGCCCCAGCACGUCUCCACGCACUUCCUUCCCCGCUUCCGCCAGCCGCAGGCCCCCGAGCUCGCCUUCACCGUCACCCUCCCCGAAAAGAAGCCCCCGCCACCACCAAAACCAAAGGUUGCCCCAUCCCCACCUCGGAAAAACCCUGGCCCUGUCAAGUACCGGCUGAAGUUUCGCUUCGGGUAGCACGGCAUGGUGGGGAUGCCGGGGCAGGAGAGACCGGGCGCCUGGACAGCUUUUGGGGGUGACCCCACAGGAGACCUGUGUCCCCCUUCCCUGGACGGAUGUGGGGAGGCUCCGGGGAGCUGUGUUGGGCUUGGGGUCUUCACCCAACAGUCCGGACAGCAUCUUUGGUGGCAUGCGCUGGAGCGACAUAACUUGGACUUUCCAAAGAGUAUUCCUGUGGUGAGCAGGAAACACUUGUGAUGGACCUCGGGUUAAUUUUCUGUUGUUGAAAGAAGCAGAAAGGUACCUCUAUGGCGAACGUAUUUUCUUACCUUAUUUUCACUAGUGACUCUUUUGACAAUCAUUUUCAUACAAGAGAUAUGUUCAGAGCCAAUCUAUUAUGUUGGGGUUUUUUCCUUUUAUUUUUUUGUUUUUUAAUUCCUUUUUGCUGCACUUUUUUCCUCCGACUGUACCUCAGACACCGUGUAUCCAGGUCUGCCCUUUCUCCAUCUCUUAAAAACUAGCUCCUCCCUUCCACUUUUGAACAACGAGACCACGCCAAACAAAUUCAUUCACCUUACCUGUGGUGCAAGAGGGUCUUAAAACUCUUUGUUGGCAAUAAUGUAAAUAUAUAUAUGUAUUUUUUAAGGGUUGCUGGCUUGGGGAGGGUGGCUGUUUGCAGCCCUGUUCCUGGUGGUCUCUCCCGUUCUUCUCUGGACAGCUGGAGGAGUGAGUCUCCUCCUGCCCAUCUAAGUAUGUCUUCAAUGUCUGUGUUGUUUAAAAUACCUCUGCCCCGGCCCCGUGGCAUUCCUGCUUGCACGGGGAGGGACCCACGCCGAGACCACUCCCUGUGGGGUGGCCAGGGGCAGCCCCUCUGCACCCCUGCUCCCCCAGGACGGGGAUGCCUUUGGCCCCUGGGUGCCUACCGGUUUCUUCCAACAGUUUGCGCUGCUGAUUUAUUUUAUCAUUCACACAACACUUCCAGAGGGAGGGGAAAGGGUUUUAUUUUAUAGCAAGCGUGGCAACGUGGCAAUAAAUGCCGUUACAGCUACCCGUACCUUUGGAAGUGGUUCUUUCCUGCCCAGGUUGCCCAAUGACCCUGGCUGUUGAGCUGUUUCUCCAUUGUGGUGUUAUCUGUGGAGUAAUUGUGUGUAUGGAGUCUUAACUGGCAUUUAGCUGUGUUGCGUACGUACAGAAAAAUGGUAGCAUUGAACCUCACCAGUUAAGCCUUAAAAGGACCCCAGGUGGGCUCGUGUUAGCAAAACCCCUCCCAAGCUCAGCCCUGCUAGUUUCGAGCAGCAAUAAUGAGGGCAGGCGGCACCGCCGACCCUUUUCUCCAAAUCUG